CUUAUCCUCCUACACUUUCUUUCUCCUUUUUUUUCUCCCACUUGCUUUAUAACUUCAUGCCACAAUUUUCAUGAAAAAUUAAUUAAUUUACUAAUUAAAUUAAAACUCCAUUUUCUGAUUUUCCCCACAAUUCAAACCCCAACAACAUAAAACCCCCUUAAAAACCCAAACCCAAGAUUCUCCCAUUCUCCACCCUCAAAAUAGUACAAUUUUUUAAGGCCUUAUUCAUUGUUUUUCAUUUUAACAAAAACAAGGGUCUUUUAACAAAAAGGGUCAUUUUUUUUUCCUUCAUGGCUCUGAUCACAUCACAGCCUAAACACCCUCUUCUUAACCAAAUUACCACUGUUCACUGUGCAAUUCCAAGGUUGAACAGAACUGUGAUUGGUCUUGGAUCCUUCACAAACAAUGUUAAAACCAUUAAAGUUUGUAACUUUGACUCAAACCCAAGAAAAUUCACUCUUCAAAAUCACAACUUUAUUACCUAUAAAAAUAACAAGAAGCCAAUAACAAUAGCAGAACAAGAAGAACAAGAGCAAGGGCCAUUGAGGAAUCAGAGAAGGAUUCUGCUAUCUGAUGUGGUUGUGGAGAGAGAGAGGAAUGUGUUAUUUGGAAGGAAAUGGAACUCACUGGAUGUUGGAACUGCUGGUGUUGUUCUUGCCAUGCAUGUUCUUAGUCUCUUUGCACCAUUUCAAUUCAAUUUCCAUGCUCUUUGUGUUGCUUUGUCUUUGUAUGUUGUGACUGGUCUAUUUGGUAUCACACUCUCUUUCCAUAGAAACCUUUCUCAUAGGAGCUUCAAGCUUCCCAAAUGGCUUGAAUAUACAUUUGCCUAUUGUGGAGUUCUUGCUCUUCAGGGUAACCCAAUUGAUUGGGUUAGCACUCAUAGGUACCAUCACCAAUUCUGUGAUUCAGAGAGAGACCCUCAUAGCCCCACUGAAGGAUUCUGGUUCAGCCAUAUGAGUUGGCUAUUUGAUACAAAUUCUAUCAUAGAAAGGUGUGGGGAGACAAACAAUGUUGGUGAUUUAGAGAAACAAUCUUUUUAUAGGUUUAUAAGAAGUAGUUACAUUGUUCAUCCACUUGCUUUGGGAGCUCUUCUUUAUGCCAUUGGAGGAUUUCCUUUUCUUGUUUGGGGAAUGGGUGUGAGGAUUGUUUGGGUGUACCACAUAACUUGGUUGGUGAAUUCAGCUUGCCAUGUAUGGGGGAAUCAAGCAUGGAACACCAAGGACUUAUCCAGAAACAAUUGGUGGGUGGCAUUGCUUGCAUUUGGUGAAGGUUGGCACAAUAACCACCAUGCAUUUGAGUAUUCAGCUAGACAUGGCUUAGAGUGGUGGCAAUUGGACAUGACUUGGUAUGUGGUUAGGUUCUUGCAAGCAAUUGGAUUGGCCACUCAUGUCAAGCUACCCUCUCAAAGUCACAAGCAAAAAUUGGCAUUCAAUGAAUAAUGAAUGUAUGAUUUGACUAUGUAUAAGGUCACUAUAGUUUAGAUAUAAAAAAUUAUAACCAUAAUGGAGUCAUUUUUCAAUUUUUUUUUUUGAAAAUUUUUAUUACUCAAAUUACUCCUUUAAAUAUUACAAAUUAAUCAUUUGUAUCCUUUCGUUACACGAUUGAUAGUUUUUGUCCAUCA